AGUCAGUUGUUGUUGAUUAUCAUUACCACAAUAGCCAUCAUUGUUGUUGUUGUCGUUGCUGUCGAUGAUAAUUAUGAAGUUUGCAAAUACUUGAGAACUGAUAACAAAAUAACUGAAGGAUUAUAUCAACCGGAAAAUUACAAACCAUUCAAAACAUAUUAUCCGAGUCUAGCAACUGAUAGUACAAAUUCAUACAAACAACUAAUGUAUACAAAUGAGUGGAUGUGGCGGAUAAACAUAGGCCCGGAUACGGGUAAUAUUAAUUCAUUUACAAUGGAAAUACCUGUUAAACACAAUAACUAUACAAAGAUUACCGAUUGGACGACCGAUAAAAAAUUUAUCAACAAAUUUACUAAACGACGCUACGAUAGUAAAACUAACCAAACUUUACAACUAUACAAUUGUAUAGUUUAUGCUAUGAUUGGCCAAACCUCAACAACUAUCAAUUGCUCGAUGACUGGCCCUAAUAUAACCAAUGUUAACAGCAAAUCACUAACAAUUGAUAACUGGCCGCCCAAUGAUACUACCUAUCCAAAUGAACCGGUAUUUGUUUGGACAAACGAUGAUAGGGAUGUGGGUGGGAUUUGGAAACUAUUCAAACAAUUGCAUAUUUGUAUAAAAUUUUAUCCCAUAAAUGAUCCCAAAAUAUUUAGUGUUUGGACAGUCGAUAAUGAUUACAAUAGGUGUGCACCAGAAGCUUACCGAUUAGUUAGACCUAAACUAAUUGGCCGAAAAUUGAAGGCAAUUACUUACAAUCAUUUUGAUUUAAAUCAUUUGAUUGGCUUAUGGUUUAAUAUCGAUGGCCAACCCAUGUACUGUAUAACACCAAUAUCUCCCAGAUUUGUGGAUCAGUGUUUAUCAGAGUCAAAAUUGAUACCAUUUAUGAGCCAUUGUUUUCAGGAUAACUUACCGACAUUGAAGACAACUAUAGAAAGUCAUGGAUCAACAGUUACUGAUAGUACCGAUGCCAACACUACAAUAACAACAGCCGUAUCGGUCAGUCCUACUAAACCAUUGGUAGUCAAGUUAAACACUGGUAUCAUAUUAUUGAUUGUCAUAAUAGCCAUAAUCAUUGUCAUUGGUAUUGUUGUCGUGUUUGUCGUUUUGAUAGUAUAUUUGAAGUCCAAACGUAGUGCACGUAAUCAACAAAACCAACUGUCCCGACACCACCACCACCAACAACAACAACCAUACAAUAGAUCUAAAUCUAUUUUAAAUGAUUCAUCCAUCAGAUCCUAUAGUAGUUAA